AUGGCGCAGGAAUGCCCUUUCGAGGGUGUGGAAGGUUGUUUGACCCGCACACGCAAGCUUUCUGGUUCCAUCGCGGAUCACGUCUACUCUACCCUCCCAGGACAUCCUGCUGCAUCGUCUGCUAGUCAGCUGAUCGUGAAUAACUUGUGCACAGAAGGCUGUGAAAUUGCCUGGUCUCGCACCGCGUCCAUACCUUCAUGUAAAAUUUUGUCAGGUUCGAUUGAGGCAAACAAAUCCAGCAGUUUGACAGUGAACGUUGGCUUGCGUCAGAGAAGGAACGAUUCCAAUGUGAUCACCCCUCCAAUUCUCAAGGGUAUUUUGAAGCAGCGUUCUUAUUCAGGUCAGAAAUAAUCGAGUGGUGACGAGCAGCUAACUCCCUCCAGUGCCCUCCGUUUUUCUGGACUUGCCGACACACGUGCGGAUCUGUGCUUUUCAUCUGAUGAAUUUCCGACUGCUAGUAGUAGCGAGGCAGACGAUCCCGUUCCAUCGCAGCCAACAUUACAUUACCCACCUGCCACGUUUCACGAAUUAAGACGUCGGCAAUCUCCAUGGGGCAAUGGCAUGCGUCGUUGUAUGUCCAAUGAAAAAUUAGUGUCUUUCAAUUCCCAUCCCGGUGAAAUGGGGAUACUCACAACUGGUCGCCAACGCCGUCGGUCUGUAAACUUCUCUGCGCAUGAUCAACAUGUGGAUUACUCUCCUCGUGACACGGUUGAGGCCUUACACCAUACACUGGCAAGCCGAAGGAAAAAAGCCCGACGACGUGAGACUAGGCGUCGCAACUUCAGUGGUGACGCGUGUGCACAGACCGCAGCUGGUGUAUCCGGGAGAAGAUCCGACAACAAACGCAGUGGAUCCGGCCGCACUACUCCGCACUUCUCUGGAAAUAACUCUUCCGAGACCGAUCUGUCGCGAAAGGGUUCGGGCGAAGUACAACUGCAGCCUCAUGGAGCAGCAGAUAACGCUGGCGAUCGUCCUACAGAGUCAACGGAUCCAUCGGUUCAAACGGAACUGGAAAUUCCACCAACCGAUUCGAACGUAACAAACAACAUUUCGAAUGGCUCAACUGAUGCAACGAAUACAACAAUUACCACGAAUUGCCCAACCGACCCAUCUUCUAGCCCCACCAAACGGACCACAAGUGCAGUCACUUUGUGUGCGAAUCCUCUGUUUGAAUUAGACGAGGAGUAG